AUGUCCGACGUUAUCUCGUCAGUCUCGCACUUCGAGCUCUCGACGGCUCAGACUGUCGGCCUCGUCGUCGCCGUCUACGUCGCCUACCUCGCCUGGAGCUACCGCGACAAGCGCGCUAUCGGAACUCGUCCUCGUCCCGACCUGUUCACUGUUCCCGGCCAGCAAUGGCUCUUCCUUGGCGACUUGCCUACGAUGGUCAAGAACCAGGACAGGCAGCUUGACCGCUUCAUCGAGAUCCGCGAGAAGUACAAGGACACGCUGCAGAAGGAUCCGUCUCGCGCCGUCUCUAUCACACUUCCCUGGCGUCGCAUGAUCGAGGCUUCCAAGCCUGAGUACCUCGAGUACAUCCAGCGCACCAACUUUAACAACUUUGUCAAGGGGGACCAGUUCUACAAGAACCUCUCCGGCCUGCUGGGCGAUGGCAUCUUCUGCGUCGACGGACACUCGUGGCAGCUCCAGCGCAAAACGACUGCCAAGAUUUUCACGGCCAACAACUUCAAGGGUGUCAUCACGCAGUCGCUCGAAAACCAGAUGGCCAAGCUCAUCGCCAUCAUCGGCCGUCACGCCGACCGCGGCGAGGAAUUUGACCUCCAGGAUCUCUUCUUCCGCUUCACGCUCAACUCGUUCGCCGAGAUGGCUUUCGGCAAGGACAUCGGCGCGCUCAACACCGAGUCUGACGAGCCCGUUCCAUUCGCCAAGGCCUUCGACUACGGCCAAGUCGUCAUGAACCGUCGCUUCAUGAACCCGUUCUGGCCCGUCACCGAGUUCCUCGACGGCACGCACUGGAAGAUGGCCGCUGCGACGAAGGUCAUGGACUCGUUCGCGUACGGCGUCAUCGAGGAGCGCGAGCGCGAAGGCCGCGGCAACUUCACCGGCGCCCAGAAAAAGGAGGCUGCUGAGAAGGACUUGCUCUCGCUGUACAUGGCUUUGCGCGACGACAACGGCGCUCCUUUGACGAGGAAGAUGCUUCGCGACGCCAUCCUCAACCUCAUCAUCGCCGGCCGCGACACCACCGCCCAAGCUCUCUCCUGGACAUUCUUCCACCUCCUCUCGAACCCGAAGCACAUCGAGGCUAUCCGCAAGGAGACCGACAACCUGGGCGAGGUUGGAUACGACACUUUCAAGCAGAUGACCACGACUACCGCCGUCUUCCAGGAGGGCUUGAGGCUGCACCCGAGUGUGCCGAAGAACGCUUGGGAGGCGCUCGGACCUGAUGUCCUGCCGAAUGGAGGACCGAGAAUCGAGAAGGGCGACAUUGUCUUCUGGUCCGACUGGACGAUGAACCGCGACCCGAAGGUCUGGGGACCGGACGCUGCCGAGUUCAAGCCGGAGCGCUGGCUCGACUCGGAGGGCAACCUCGUCAAGGAGUCGCAGUGGAAGUACCACGCCUUCAACGGAGGGUACCGUCUCUGCCUUGGCCAAAACCUCGCCCUGUACGAGGGUACCUCGGUCCUCAACGCUGUCACUCGCGAAUUCGACCUCUCCUUCGCGCCGGGAUACCUCGAGAACGUCAAGAUGUGCGACUUCGAGCAGACGCCGCUAUACAAGGGCGCCUUGACGCUCUCACUUGCGGAACCUCUUCGGGUCAAGGCGACGAGGCGCAAGCGUACAUGA